ACAAGACGCGGGGAAGCAGCAGAGUAAAAAAAAAGAAAAAAAAGAAAACCAGUUUAAAGUGGGCGCUCAAAAAGAAGUAUAUAGAUAUUUCGUCGGCCCCUCUUAGUUACCGUGGCUGUGUAAUGCUUUCAGCACGUUGGACAGAGGCACCGGAGUCGUGCAUGGACUAAACCGCUGAGUGGACGCCAACUCUCUUUCUCUCUUUCCCCAGCCCCCCCUUUGCCAAACCUGGGAUUGUUUUUUCAACUUUUGGUAAGCCUAUUGUGAGGGAGCCUGUGGUCUGUUAACGGAGAAUAAAAGGGAUUCUAAUGAGAAGAGAAAAUAUAAAAAAACAACUACAGGGAAAGCAAGCACUUGCCAUUAAAAUAGCUCGUGCUUUACGAUGUGUUUUUGCAGAGCAUUGGGAAAGUUGAAAUGUUAGGUCGUCUGGUCUUUCGCACACCACAUUGCCGGUACCUAUAAGCCCCCACACACUGCGUUAAACUUUGGGACAUGCAAGUCUUGGUCGCGGAGAUCUAACCACGCACAUUGUGGUUGUCAGCCCUCGUAAAGUUCCACCAGGUUAGAAGAGUGAUGACCAUCCUGUUCCUUACUAUGGUUAUUUCAUACUUCAGUUGCAUGAGAGCUGCGCCCCUGAGAGACGCCCCGGGCAUGCGGGGCCACCGGACGGAAGGCUACUUGGGCGCCGCGGCGACAGCCACGCGGGGCCACGGGACUCCGCAGAGUGGCGGUGGGCCAGGCCAGCGCGGGGAACUGCCCUCACUCACAGACACCUUUGAGCAGGUGAUAGAGGAGCUGCUGGAGGUGGAGGGGGCUGAUGCGAUCCAGGGAGGUGGGGGCCCGUCUUCUUUGGUCACCGCAGAGACCAAGGAUGUCGACCUGUACGACUCGCGGGUGAUGAUCAGCAACCAAGUGCCUUUGGAGCCGCCGUUGCUCUUUCUUCUGGAGGAAUACAAAAACUAUCUGGAUGCCGCUAACAUGUCCAUGAGGGUGCGGCGACACUCCGAUCCCUCGCGGCGCGGAGAGCUCAGUGUGUGUGACAGUAUUAGCCAGUGGGUGACAGCUGUGGAUAAAAAGACGGCAAUAGACAUGUCUGGGCAGACAGUUACCGUCAUGGAAAAGGUCCCUGUCCCCAAUGGCCAACUGAAGCAAUACUUUUAUGAGACCAAAUGCAACCCCAUGGGGUACACAAAGGAAGGCUGCAGAGGAAUAGACAAGAGGCAUUAUAAUUCCCAAUGCAGGACAACCCAGUCCUACGUGCGAGCGCUUACCAUGGAUAGCAAAAAGAAGAUUGGCUGGCGGUUUAUAAGGAUAGACACUUCAUGUGUAUGCACAUUGACCAUUAAAAGAGGGAGAUAGUGUAUAAAAUGUAUAGAUUUUAUUGAAGAGUUUAAAAAAGAGAAUAAAGAGAAAAUAUCUAUUUGUAUAUAUACAUAACAGGGUAAAUUAUUCCGUCAAAUGAAAAUUUUAUGGACUGCAUGUAAAAAAAGAUGAAGUUUAUACAGUAAAAGUGAUACUACAGUCUAUUUAUUGAACAUAUUCAUGACCUUGUAAACAAUUAAAAAAAAUCUGAUCAGUCAUUUGCGCCCAGUUUAAAUUACUAUAUCACAUCCCUCAAGACAUUGUGAUUGGUUUUCGUUGCCAAGAAUUAGAAAAUGAAGGAGAAAAAAAAAGGCAAGGAAUGAAAGAGGACAGUUCCAUCUUCAAAAAGCUUGCAUGCUGCUUCAAUUGUGAAUUGAGAAAUUCUCCACUUACAAAAAAGUACAAUGCUGACCAAAAAACAUUCCGUUUACACAUUCAGCAGAAAACAACUUUCCUCUCAAGUAAUUUAUCUGUUUACUGUUCUAAACUUCUCAAGGUAAUGUUGGACUUACAUACUAUGUCAAGGUGCUGUUGUCAAAGCUUUGCUGUUUAUUUUUUUAUCCCCUCCAGAGGAAAAGAUAUAUAUAUAUAUUAAAAAAAGAAUAUAUAUACAUAUAUGUAUAUGUAUAUAUAUAUGUAUAUAUAUAUAUAUAUGUAUAUAUACAUAUAUAUAAAAUAUAUUCAUUGACAUGUUUCUGGGUUAAUAUUAUUCAUUUUGUAUGUUGUGAAGUUGUUUGCAAUAUUAAACUGAAAUAUUUGAAGAAAUAAAAAUAUAGGCAACUGAAAAACAAAAUCAAUGUCGGUAAAGUUUCAACAGUGCAUUUCCAAGCAGGAUAAACUUUAAUAUACAGACCGGGAGGGGGGGAAGAAGCCAUAGCACACACAAACACACUUAUGCACGAGACAAAAACAGCUUUUAACAAAAAACGACCAAAUGAAAAU